AUGGCUUCUGCCCCUGAUACCACUUCCAUCCCGGGUUACACCAUCUUCCGGGAGGGAGACUAUGACAGCGUUGCUGCCACUGCCAUGCUCCCCCAGGGCACUCCCCACCCCCUCGAUCAACUCUCCAUUAAGGAAAUCCCCCAGGUCGCGAAGCUUGUCCGCGAUUACUGCAACCCUAGGACCGUCAAGUUCAACUGCAUUACUCUCCGUGAGCCCCGCAAGGCCGAAUAUGCUUCCUUCAAGGCCGGCAAGAUCCCCGCUCCGGAUCGCCGUGGCUUCGCCAUUAUCAUCAUCCGCGAGACUGAACAGGUUGCCGAGGUCGUUGUCAACCUGAAGACCUCCAAGGUCGAGGAAUACAAGGAGAUUCAAAAUGCCAUGCCCACUCUCACUCUGGAGGAUCUCGAUGUUAUGGAGCGCAUUGCUCGCAAGGAUGCUCGUGUCAUUCGUGCCUGUAACGAUAUCGGCAUCACUGAUAUGUCCAAGAUUUUCCUGGACGCCUGGGCCAUCGGUAUCGACGAGCGAUGGGGCUUCGACCGCCGUCUCCAGCAGGGUCUGGUCUACUACCGCAACUCCGAGUUCGACAACCAGUACGCUCACCCUCUGGAUUUCAGCGUUGUUGCCGAUACCGAAAAGGAAGAGGUCCUGAGUGUCGAUGUCCGCCUCGUCAACGGCGAGCGCACUGCUCCUCCCCUUCAGGAGCACAACUUCCUCCCCGACUUUGUCGGCGACAAGUACAACCACGAUCGCCUCAAGCCCAUCGAUAUCACCCAGCCUGAGGGUGUCUCCUUCAAGGUCCGCGGCAACGAGCUGUCUUGGGCUAACUUCAAGAUGCACAUCGGCUUCAACUACCGCGAGGGUAUCGUCAUCUCCGACGUCCGCUCCCACGAUAUGUACGAGGAUCGUGAGCGCACCUUGUUCAACCGUAUCUCCGUCGUCGAGAUGGUUGUCCCCUACGGCUGCCCCGAGAAGCCUCACCACAAGAAGCACGCCUUCGAUGUCGGUGAGUAUGGCUCCGGCCUCAUGACCAACUCCCUCAAGCUGGGAUGUGAUUGCAAGGGUGCCAUCCACUACAUGGAUGGUGUUAUGUCCACUGGAAAUGGCGAGGCGGCCGUCAUUAAGAACGCCAUCUGCAUUCACGAGGAGGACAACGGUCUUCUGUACAAGCACACCGACUACCGUGAUGGUACCGUCAUCUCUGCCCGUGACCGCAAGCUCAUCGUCUCUCAAAUCAUCACUGCCGCCAACUACGAGUACGGCUUCUACCACACCUUCACCCUGGACGGCACCUACAAGCUUGAGAUGAAGCUCACCGGUAUGCUGAACACCUACUGCAUGCACCCCACUGAGACCGCCGCCCCCUACGGUACUCAGGUCGCCGCCGAUAUCACCGCCCACAACCACCAGCACAUCUUCUCUCUCCGUGUCGACCCCGAGAUCGACGCGACGCCGUCUCCUCCGACCACGCUGUCGGCUCUCCCGAAAACCCCUACGGCAACGCAUUCCUCAGCAAGAAGACCCCCCCUCCGCACAUCCCUCGAAGGCGCCGCCGACUACUGCUACGAGACCCAGCGCUCUUGGGACAUCAUCAACCCCAACCGCAUGAACGAGAUCGCCAAGAAGCCCAUCGGCUACAAGAUCCUCAACAACAACUGCCCCCCUCUCCUUGCCAAGCCUGGCAGCACCGUCUACAACCGCGCUGCCUUCGCCCGCAAGCCUCUCUGGGUCACUCCCUACAAGGACUACGAGCUCUUCCCUGCCGGUGACUACGUCUGCCAGUCUACUGGUGAAGAGAACCACCCCCACAACUCGUCCAUCCUGGACUGGGCCAAGCGCAACGAGAACAUCGAGAACACCGAUAUUGUCUGCUACAUUCAAUUCGGUCUCACCCACUUCCCCCGCACAGAAGACUUCCCGAUCAUGCCCGCCGAGCCUGUCAGCGUCAUGCUGCGUGCCUCUAACUUCUCCGUGAAGAACCCCGGUCUUUGGGUGCCUCCCAGCGCUAUCUGUGUGGAUACCAUGUCCAAGAAUGCCUUCGCAUCUUCGUGCUGCGCGGCCAAUGCCCCUGCAAGCUCGUCCAGACUGUAA